GAGAUUUGGCCUUCGUUGGAUCUUUCGCAUUUCGUCAACCAACAGCAUUCAUUUUGGCCUUUCCCCUCGAAGACUGAACGCAUCGACCAUGGCUUUCAACAACAGCGGCAACAACAACAACGAGCUAGAUCAGCUCUUGAUGCUCAUGCAAAAGCACAAACACCAGCACGGCCGUUUGGUGAUCCGUGCAUCCCGUGGACAGUCCAAUGAUGCUCUCGAUGAUUUCGCCAAGAAUGUUUUGGAAGAUGUGAAGCUGCGAGGCGUUCCUCUUGCGGCGUCGUCUCAGCCAUCACCUCUUGCGGUAUCGUCUCAGCCGUCACCUCUUCCGGCGUCGUCUCAGCCAUCACCUCCUCGUCAACAGGAACAGACCAGUCGUCGCAAUCGUCAGAAGCAUCAAUGCAAGCAAGAGCCGGAGGAUGUCAUUGUUUUGGACAUGGAGCCCGACGAGGAGCGUCAUUGUUCCGAGGAAGAGAACCGCCUUGACGACAAACAGGCAUCAUCGACUGCCGUCGCGUCACCAAAAGACGACACAAUCAACGGCAGUGACAACAACAAUGACAAGCCUCUCGCGAAGCGCCGUCGCACGGCGGAUAUCAAAUUUGAUGACUUUUUGGCUGACAACAACAACCUCCGCCAUUCCAAAGGCGUGACCACGGCGGUCAUCAAUGACCAUUUGAGAGAUCUUGGCUUGAAAGCUCCGUUGAGCAAAUUUGGAAUCUCACGAGAUGGAGAGAAUGAUGUGGUGAUCCUUCAGUUCAAGAACGAGCGGACCAGCUUGCCAUUCCUGGAUGAAAAAACUGGACAGCUCACAAUUCUCUAGCAUAUCAAGCAAGGGAGCAGGGGCAAGGGAAUGAUUGAUUCGUUGGUCGACCCCAUCUCUGAAGCCAUUCCAGUCUUUUGGUACCAGAACCGAUACAAACAGCCCAGUGCAAACGGGGGCCAAGACCGGUACUAUGUUGGCCAUUUUGAGUGUGAAAAGAUUGCCGAACUUGAUCCCAAUACAAACUCACACUUGGGUGAACCCUGCCGGGCUCUUGUCACUUUGACAAUGACUAAAUUUGAUGAGGAAUUGAAGCAAAAGUUGGAUACGCUUUCCGAUGUGCAGCACUUGUUGAAUGGGCCAGCCAAAAAGGGCGGAAAAGCUUCUGCUGAGACAGAGUAAGCAAAUCAGCUCGUGUUGAUUCUUGAUGAGGCUCCCGGCAGAGAGGGAGAUUCUACAUUGCAACAUUUGCACCCAAAACAAGGACGACCCAAGUGGGGCUCCAUCCUUUGAAUACAUAUACAGAACGAAUACGGUAAUACAAGAUACAUUUAUUGACUGCAGCAUCUCUGUCUGCCCCUACUGUAACGUUGCACCGAGAAUGCUCCAACCCAGCAGUCUAUCUCACUUUUAACCUGGCAAUGUGAAGUCUGCUAGCUAGCAUGAAUAGAGGAAGGUGCAGCAUCGUUGCCACUUGACAGG